CCACAUAUUAAACAUUCACCACAACCAUAAAGAGCAGCAGAGUUUUCAGCCUGACUUUCACGUCAGAUCGAUGCUUUGGUUUCAGUCUGGACCACAGCACCAAAGGAGUCGGUCCUUUGACCACAUCGCUCGGCGGCCCAGGAACAGACCAGCACACAGACGAUGGCUGUAUUUGAUGUUUUACUCUCGUCCUCGUCCGGAUCACUGUUAGCAGCUCUGCUAAUCCUGCUGCUCCUCUACUUCAUUUCAAGCUGGAACUUCAGCUCUCAGGAAAAAGGCAACGAACCUCCAGGACCUAAACCGCUCCCACUGAUCGGUAACCUCCUGCAGGUCGACCUGGACAGACCCUACAAAAGCCUCCUGGAGCUUUCCAAGAAAUAUGGAACAGUCUUCACCGUCUACUUCGGAUCCCAGAAGGUGGUGGUCCUGGCAGGGUACCAGGCGGUGAAGGAGGCGCUGGUCAACAACGCCGAGGCGUUCGGAGAGCGAGAACCUCCGCUGGUGUUCAAACAGACUUCAGAAGAGCACGGUAUUUUAUGGUCCAACGGAGAGUCCUGGAAAGAAAUGAGACGCUUCGCUCUGACCAACCUCAGAGACUUUGGCAUGGGCAAGAGGGCAGUGGAGGACAAGAUCAUGGAGGAGUGCCACUACCUGAUGGACGUUUUCAGGAACUUUAAAGGAGAAGCCUUCGAUACGACAGCUCCGGUCAACCAAGCCGUCUCUAACAUCAUCUGCUCCCUGGUCUAUGGGAACAGGUUUGACUACAGCGACCCAGAGUUCAUGUCUGUGGUCGACCGGACGAACAGGGCCGUUCAGAUCGCCGGCUCGGCAGUGAUGCGCCUCUACAACAACUUCCCAUGGCUCAGUAAACUCUUCAGCAACAAGGAGUUCUUCAGAAACAUAGAAGAGAACAAGGAGCAGAACAGAAAACUCAUCCAUAACCUGAAGGAGACCCUGAACCCACAGAUGUGUCGAGGGUUUGUGGACGCCUUUCUGGUCCAACAGCAAAACCAGAAGGAGUCUGGAGUCACCGACAGUCACUUCCACACCAAGAACCUCAUGGUCACGGUUAUGAAUCUCUUUGUUGCCGGCACUGACACCACAGCUACCACCCUGAGGUGGGGUCUCCUGCUGAUGGCCAAGUACCCCAAGAUUCAAGACCAGGUCCAGGAGGAGCUGAGGAGGGUCAUCGGGACGGGUCAGGUCCAGGUUGAAGACAGGAAGAACCUGCCCUUCGUCAACGCCGUCAUCCACGAGACUCAGAGACUGGCCAACAUUGUCCCCAUGUCUCUGCCUCACAGAACCAGUCAGGACGUCACAUUCCAGGGCUACUUCAUCAAGAAGGGAACCACGGUGUUUCCACUCCUGACCUCUGUCCUUUACGAUGAGACGGAGUGGGAGAACCCUCACUCCUUCCAUCCUGCUCACUUCCUGGACACAGAGGGGAGGUUCGUGAAGAGGGACGCCUUCAUGCCCUUCUCUGCAGGUCGGAGGAUCUGUUUGGGGGAGAGUCUGGCCAGGAUGGAGCUCUUUGUCUUCUUCUGCACCCUCCUGAAGAGCUUCCGUUUCUCGUCUCCACCUGGAGUGUCAGAGGAUGACCUGGAUCUGACCCCACGUGUGGGCUUGACCCUCAACCCCUCACCCCACAAACUGUGUGCUCUCCCUCUCUGAAGCCCGACUUCUGGAGACUUCAGUUUGACCACAUUAGCCGACAGAUGAUAGUUGACUGUGGGUUAGUGUGAAUUCUGCAAAAAAAUAAAAAAAACAAAUGUUGUGAGAAAAGUUUUGUUUUUACCCUUGAGUCGCUUCCUGUCUGCUGGCUCUCCGUUGUUGUGACCCAGUUUUGUUCUGUUGUUGGACAGAAACACAAGCGUCGGGGACCACUGCAUCAUCUUCUUCUUCUUUUUUAGUUUGAGUUUUUCCUGCUACAUUUCAUUAGAAUGUAGGUCUGUUUGUGUCAACAUUCAACCCACAUCGUCGUGCUCCUUCCCUGGCCUGUAGGUGGUGCUAAGUUCUUAUAUAGCUAUGAGCGGAUCUGAAUAAUAAUAAAGAAAGUCUAAAUCUUGUGAAUGCCUUUGCUGCCACCUACUGGGUUUAUUUUUGCACUGGUCAAUGUUUCCUGUAGUCCGUUUGUACCAGGAUCUGAACGUCUAUAGACUGGGAUUAAACACAAAUGAAAACUC